AUGAUACAUUUUCCUUUUGAAUGCAACUCAUUGAAGGAAGUGUUGUUAAAGGCUCUCCACAAAAGACCAUUUUCCAUUCAAGUGCUUGUUUGGAUUUACCAUCCAAGUGAACUGCUGUUAGAAGAAACAAUUUAUGAGGACAAGGACUAUAUGGAUUAUAAGAAACCCAAGGAGUAUAUUCCACUCAAGAAAUUUCGUUGUGAUUGUGGCAACAGUAGAUUUCCAAAUAGCCGUUGUCGUCUGUAUCCAGAUAAAGAGCCAACAAAUAUUAAUAACAAAUAUAAUCAGAACUUUUGUGGCAAAUACUGCAUUUGUGCUAGGCCUUAUCCAGAUCCUGAAGAUGAUAUUUCAGUUAUGUAUAUUAUGUCAAUUAUGUUUCUCUACAAACAACUUACUUUUUUAUUUUUAUUUUUUUCCUUCAAGCAUUUAGGAAAAGAUUUUCCAACUAAUCAUGAUUACAGUGAAAUGAUUUGUGGUGAUUGUAUGGAAAAACAUGGAUUUUUAUGGUUUUAUAAUAUUUCACUCAAUGGAAUUAAAAUUAAAAAAGAAGAAACUGAUGAACAAGUUGAAAUUGAAGAUUCCAAGAAUAGGAAAGAUCAUUUAGAAUGCCAUAAAGAUGUAAUCAAUGGUGAUCAAAUCAAUGUGUCAUGUGAAACUACAGAUAGUGGUACAGAAGAAAGUAAUCAAGAUUCUGUUGGAAUAAAACAAAAUACUGCAUUAUCAGAGAAAAAUGAUACUUCUCCUAAGGUUAAAUCAGAUACAGUUUGUAUUUUAAAACAAUUACAAAAUGGAUUUGGCUCUUCUCCUCGAAAAGGCUUUACUCUUUGGCAAGAUGGAUGGAGAAAGAAACUGUGCAAGUGUUCACAAUGUUUUGAAUUAUAUCGCCAACAUAAUUGUUCAUAUUUGCUAGAUGAAGAUGAUACAGUUCAUUCAUAUGAAGAACGAGGUAAAGCAAGUAUUGGUACCGAAUCACAAUAUGUAAAAGGAAUGACAGCACUUCAAGGUCUUGACAGAGUGAAACAAAUGGAAGCUAUCCAUGAAUAUAAUAGUAUGAAGAGUGAACUAAAAGAUUUUUUGAAAAAGUUUGCUGACUCAAAAAAGGUUGUCCGAGAAGAAGAUAUUUGGGAAUUUUUCGAACAGAUGAAGGCACGCAAACGGCAGCGAACAGAGUGCCAAAUACAGCAUUAUUGUCGAUGAAAUUAGAUAUUCACAGUGGGGAAAAAAUCCAGAUGAAAGCACAAUUAACUUUUAUAUUUUAGGCAGUGCACUUAGCAUUUUCCUUAUUUUAUUCAAAUUAGAUGGAGAUAGGUUGUUAUAAAAUAGUUUGCACUCAUUUUUUUGUAUACUGUAAUAGUUUAAAUAAAGUGAUUAUACAUGAUGUCUGAACAAAUAUAUUCAAAAUAUAAAUUUAGAAUAUGCUGUUUCACAUACACUUCAACUUAUUUUGCAGAAUAUAGUCAAACGUUGAAAUGUUCUCAAAAUUGUAAUUAAAUAUUUCUCUAGUCUUUUAGGAAUAUUUAAAUGGAAAAAAAAAACUGUUAAUAUUAAUAGAUCUUAUAAUAAUAAUUUUAUUAAUUUAAGACAAAUGAUUUUGCUAAUCAAUAAUCUGGCUUUCUCUGCAUUUAGUGUAUAAAAUAUUUUGUGUAAUGACUUAACAUUAAAAAUUUUAAAUGCAAAUAAAGGGAAAUUUUCUUUUAAUUAGUAUAUAUAUUUUUAUAAUAUCAAUAAAAUGAAUAUGUUAAUUUAAUAAUCUACUUAAAAAUUAUAUAACUAGGUGAUGUAUCUCUAUUACAGCUUACGAAUUUGUGUACAUGAAACGUCACUCAUCUUUAGAACAAAUUAGAAUAUGUUAUUCAAAACACCGUAUUUCCAUUAAAUUUUACUUGUUAGUUAUAAGAUAAAGUUUUGUAUAUAUCUUAAAAUAGAAUUUUGUAUAUGUCACUGUUUGAUGGCAUGCCUCUGGAAUAACUAAUUUGUCACAUUGUUGAAAGAAAACACACAGAUAUAUCUAUAUAUAUAUGCAGUUUGCACUUUCAACUUGGUAAUUUGGAGCAUGCUUUGUGCAUUUGAACAAAAUUGCAUUUACUAAGAGUAGAUAUGUAAUAAUUAGUUUUUAAUUGAUAAAAUCUAUUGUGGAAAAAGUAAACUAUUUAUCUUCAUUGCACCAUUUCUGCUGUGGGUGUAAGUGUUUAAAUAAAAUCUAUUAUUAUUCCUAAACGAUGUUUUCUUUCUU